ACAUAGAGAUCUGCCGGGUUUAUCUUAGGCUAACUUUGAUUUGAUCUAACGGCUGUAUCGCAUUGUCAAAAAGAAAAAACCCUAACCUUUUAUUUCCAAUCUCUUUUUCAACUUAAACCCUAGGAUAAAAGAAACAGUCACUGCAGCAACAAGAACAAAACUAUCAAGAGACGGCAAAUCUGAAACUGAAGAACCUAAACAAAUCCCAAUCAUGGAAGAAAUUGAAAAUCCAGGUGAUGAGAAACUAACAAAUCUGAAAUCGGUAGAUGAAAUCUUAGUGGAUGAAACAAUUGAAAACAGAGAUCAAAUCAGUACGUUGCAGGAAUCCAAAGAAGAAAUUGAAUCUGAAAUGAAGAAAGAAAUAGAAGAGAACAAGGAACUUGAAGAAGUGAAAGAGAAAGUGAAAGAAGUGGAUCAGUUGAAGAUGAAGAUUGAAGAGUUGGAGAAACAAAAUCUUGAUGAAAACGAAAGAUUCCAAUUGACAUUCAAUAGUAUUUCGCAAGAGAAAACAGCAUUGCAAGAUGAAGUUGAUUUAUUGAAGAAGUCUGUGGAUCUUCUUAAUGGAGAUCUUGUUCGAGAAAGAGAGGUUGUUUCUGAAAUGGAAACCAUUCAGGAGAAAUUGGAUCUUCAGGUUGAGGAAUCCAGGGAUCUGAAAGCGAAAAUCAAAAAGUUAGAGAAGAAUGAGUUGUUGAUUCAGAAAAAACUCAGUGAGGUAGAAACGGAGAAUGAAAAGCUUGUCAAAGUAAAGAAAACCCUUGAAUCGGUGAAAACUGAGAACAAAGCGGUUGAGAAGAAAUUGGCCGAGUCUUUGAAAGCCUUUGACGAUUUGAAGCAAGACAAGGAAAGGAUUGUGUUGCAGAAGGAGAAUAUUGAGAAGAAUAGAGUUUAUCAGUUGGCCAAAGUCGAUGAUUUGGAGAAACAUGUUCAGGAGCUUGUUGCAACCAUUGCUUCAUUGGACAAGAAUGGUGAGGGAUUGUAUUUACAGAAACAUGUUCAGGAGCUUGCUGCAACGAUUGCUUCAUUAGAGAAGAAUGAUGAGAUGCUGAGAAACAAAGUCGCAGAGGGAGACGAAGCAUUUCAAGGUUUAUUGUCUGAGAAAUGUUUGAUUGAGCAGAAAUUGGUUGAUUUGGGGAAGAUGGUCGAGGAAUUGAAACAAGAGAAGGAAGAAAUUAUUGCGGAGAAGAGCAAGAUUGAAAAGAAUAUGGCCGAUCAGUCAGUGAAAGUAGCUUUAGAGAAUGUGAAAUGGAGAAAAGGCUAUACCGAAGCUUUAGGGAAACAACAACUGUUGGAAGUAGAAUUGGACUCCCAAAGAAAGAGAGUGAAGGAAAUUGUUGAGGAGAAAGAUGUUAUUGAGAGAACCAAGAUGAAGAAGAUGGAAGAUGAAUUGGUUGCGCUUGGAAUGUUGGAAUCUCAGCUCGAGAAGGCUUACAAGGAUGAAAUGAACGCUAAUAAGCGUCUGAAAUCAAAGAUUUGGUCUUUGAAUGAUAAUCUCAAAAGGGUUGCUGCUGAGAAGAGUGAAAUACAGAAAGAACUUGAGUUGAAGAAAAAGGAAGAGUCGAGUUUUAGUUUGAAAGUCGUGAAAUUGCAAAACAUCAUAGUUGACACAGUGAAGGAGAUUGAGAGGCAAAGGAAAGAAAUGAAGAAGUUGGAAACUCGGUCGGAAAUGUUGAUUCAAGAGAAGUCAUUGCUAGAGAAGAAAUUGGUUGAGUUUGAAAAGAUGGAGUCUGCUCAAAUGAAUGCUGAGAAGGCUUUGUUGAUGUUGAAGGAUGCUGCACAAGACCAAGAAAAUGAAGCAACUAUUGAAUCAGUUAUUGGUAUGAUGAAAAUCGAGGAAGAUAGCCUACCAUUUGCUGCAUCUGAGUUAAUGGGAAAUAUUAAAGAGGCUUUGAAGAACAAGGAUAAGAAAAUGGAAGAAAUGACUCAACAGAUUGAGAAGCUGAACAAGUCUGCCAAGAGGAAUUCUAACAUUUGGGCAUUCGUAUCUUCUGCCACCACCAUCCUUGCUGCAGCAGCUGCCACUUACAUUGCAAAAGGACGGUGAAUUUCUCAUCUUGUUUACUAAGUUUUUAGCAACAGUUGUGACACAUAUUGUAUGUCUUGCUUAUGUUGUUAGUUCACGUUGGUGUCUGUCCUUUGACUAAGAUCCUUAUAAUGUUUACUGUUACGGUGUCUUCAUUAACAAUGCUAUCGUUAUGCAUGAUGCUUGCUUUGCGGGUUUUGACUGAAAUCAUUAUGAUGUUAACUGUUGA